AUGACCGGAAUGUUCCCCGGAGGCCACACAAAUCUUGCACGCCCUCUCUCCAGAUAUCAACGGUUGGAUUUCCCACAAGCAUCAAACAUCCCCCUCUCCCCUCUCUCUCGCGUCAAAGCUACCGUCCCCCCCCCCCCCCGCCCUCCUCUCUUUCCCCAACUUCGUUCCCCCCCUUUCGUUUCCCCCUUUCCCCCCCCUCCUUCCCCCCCCUCCCCCCCCUUUCCCCCACUAAACCGGGCUGCUCACACCCCCCACCUUUCCCUUUUCUCCUCAACCCCUCCCCCUCUCCCCACCCUAUUUCGUCCUCCCAGGGGCCUCGGGGGAGGAGAAGCCAUCUCUGGCGGCGUCCAUCGCCACGGCGGCAGCCACCGCCAUCUGCUUUUAAGGCGCCUCGAAAGGGCCUCGGCGGAGGAAAAGCCGUCAUUGGCGGCGUCCAUCGCCACGGCAGCUGCCACCGCCAUCUGCGGCGCAUGUGUCGCCGUCUCGCUCGCUACUGCCGCUCCCGCCCUCGCUGCUCCCUCGCCCAGCCAGGUGCGCCUGCCCCCCCUGUCCAACGACCCGGCGCGCUGUGAGCGCGCGUUUGUGGGCAACACGAUUGGGCAGGCGAACGGCGUGUCGGAUAAGGUGCUGGACCUGCGGCAGUGCGACUUCUCGGGCGACAAGGAGAACCUCAAGGGCAAGACGCUGUCGUCCGCUCUCAUGUCGGGCGCCAACUUCGACAACACCGACCUCACUGAGACCGUCAUGAGCAAGGCUUAUGCUGUUGGGGCCAGCUUCAGGGGUGCGGACUUCAGCAACUCGGUGUUGGAUCGGGUGCUCUUCAAUGAGGCGGAUUUGACGGGAGCGUCGUUCCGCAACGCGGUGCUGUCGGGGUCCACCUUCAACGACGCCAACCUCACCGAUACAAUCUUUGAGGACGCGCUGAUUGGCUACGUCGAUGUGCAGAAGCUCUGCCGUAACCAGACGCUCGGGGAGUUCACACGCCUCGAGCUCGGCUGCAAGUAG